CACAUCAGCUAAUUGCUCUAACAAGGAUGUCUGUGGAGCCGGACAAUGCGUUUGGUUUUUAUGUAAAAUGAAGACUUUUUGCUUAAUCUUGAAUGCCGUUAACUAUAAUACAUUCUACAUCCCUUCAUAUGUAUUGCGCUUUUUUUGUGCAAGGUGACGGCAGACCAAACUGAAUUGCCAACUGAGUCUACUGUUAUCUCCGCUUUGUCCAUACGUUAACCGCUGUUAAGUCACCGGAAAUAAAUAGUCUUAAAGUGGUACACCCCCUUGUUGACCCUCGUAUGAAUCCCCGGGGUCCUCUGUCAGGUCGGUUGUUCGUUUUGGCGGCUAUAGCUCACUUUAUAGCGGCAUCACGGAGAGCACGCGACGGGGGAUUUAAAUCGACAACACGCGCUCUCAUAGCAACGCUGAUGAAACAGCUGAGAAUGUUUGGUGUUGAACCAGCUGACUUUCUUUUGACCAUUUGUGUUUAACCAACUGCUGCCAACAGUAUAUAUACGCUGAGAACAACUGAAAGACUUUCGACAUUUUUGUUUUAUCACUUGGCUCAUCUCUUAUCACAAAGUCAGUUGACAUCAUCCUUACUUGGUGACUACUGUGUUUGGGACAAAAAGUACACACAGGAGGAGGAAAAUGCAGUGCACUCCUGAAUCAAACGUCUACCUUGAGAGCGGCAAAGGCCAGCACUGUUAUGAAGACUGCUCUGACAGUGGUUACUCAGGUUUAUUCCAGAGCCCACGGAGCAUCAGUGGAGUUGACUCCUGUAGUUCUUUGUCUCCAGUAGAAUUCGAUGAAACGCCUAAAGAGAACCUCAGGCUUUCCGUCACACCUAAGGAGAGGACCAAAGAAGCAGUUGGAUUUUUGAGGGGAUUACAGCAGCCAUCAGCAGUUAGCUGGUGUGAAACUCCUAAAGUAUACAAAAGAGAUGCCUUGUUACGACACAGACUUCUAAUGUGCAAACCCACCACAGAUGUCAAAACUGACAACAGAAGAUCACCAUGCACCAGAAAGACCGAAUCCUCCAUCAGUGUCAGGUCUGACCACUGGCUCAGUGCAUCGUUGGACUCUCUAGACACUGUGAUGGGGGCUUUGGCACCAAGCACUUUAAAACUGGAGCAGGAUCCGCUGUCUGGUAGGAAACGUCGUCUCCUCUUCACGCAGGUGAGGACCUCCACUCUUGAAGAUGGUAAACUCAACUCUGGUCACCUUUCCAGUUUUGAGAGAAGAGUUUCAUUCUCAGAUGCAGAUUUCAGUGAGAGCAUUUCUGCCUCUGAUCAAAUUAAUAUUGAGACUCCAUGCUUUAGUAAAUUCCUGCCUGCCUCAUCUAAGGAAAAUUCUCAAUCACCAAUCAGCGGCGUGACAAAUAACGUAUAUGACAGUUCAAGUGUCUUGUGCACACCAUCAUCCACACAUACACCCAAGUACAUCAGGUCGGUGUUUGAGGACAGUGGUUUCAGUUCCCUGACCCUUGAUAAAUCCCAAGACUCCUCGGUGGAUCAUGAUGGCUCCUUUCAGGAGCUCCUGUUCUCUGGCUCCAGAGGAAACUGUGAAACGCCAAAUCUGGCAGAGGCAAAGCGGCGCUCCCGUUUGCAGCGUCAGCACAGGCUUUCUACACUUAAAGAAGGAGGCUCUCAGUCUGAGGAAGACCCAACGGACAGAAAGCAUGAACAUCUUUAUCCGUGUCACAGCCAUUCUAAAGAAGAUGUUUUUGCUGACGGUGCCACCCCUCGCAGCAUCCUUUCUGUUAAGUGUGGUAAUGGCAUGACUUCUGAUAGUUUGUCCUCUGCAAAACAAGACUAUGCCACCCCACUAAGAGCGACCACCACCAAGCCAGAAAACAUGACACCUUUUAGCACAGCUCCUGCCAAUCCAGAUGUAACUCCUCUCAGGACAACCCCAGUCAAUCUUUCUCUGACUCCAGCUUUGCAGCUGGUUCAUGCUAUGUGCCAGCAGAAAGCCCUGAUGUUUGUUGGCCAAAGUCCAAGCCUGAAGGAGCAGCUGAAGUCCACAGCAGCACUGGUUAAGACCCCGGUGAUGUUCAGGACCACCAUGCCUUUGGCAGGGCUGAUCGGCAGGAAGAUGGGCCUGGGGAAGGUGGACAUACUCACAGAGCUGAAAAAGAGGAACCUCAGGCACAUCCUGGCUCUCAUACUCGGCCACCUCACCCCUGAGGUCAUCUACAGGUGUGGUCAGGUGUGCAAGAGCUGGAAUGAAAUCAUCCAACAAGACAAGCGAGCUAGUUUUAAGAGAAGAAGCCACCUGAGUGAGGUGGAGGCUGCUCUUGAGCUCAGUGGUUCUGUCCAUGUCCCUGACGCAGAGACCAGACUCACUCUGCUUAAGAGGUCGGCCCUCAAAAUGGUUCAGGCCCAGUCUAGGACCUCCAGCUACUGCACCCCGCAGUCAGGGAAUAGCACUUUAACCCCGUUACAGCACAGCACCUUACAUUCAGGCAGCAGAGGCAAACGGGAUAAAUUUCUAGAAGUUGCCAAAACCCUCUUCAACGACGAGUGCCUCAAGCCUUGCCCUCGUUGUCAGCAUCCCGCAAGGUGUCACUCAGUGAAAGGGGAGGGUGUGUGUAGCAGAGCUGACUGUGGUUUCCAGUUUUGCACGGCCUGCUUGUGUGCUUUCCACGGCUCCAGAGAGUGUGGCAGCCAGUCUGUCGGCCGUCGCAAGAAGGACAUACUUCUUCCAGGAAGCGCUCAAAGCAAGCGAAACGUUAGGAGACUAUGAGCAGAAAGUGAACUGUAUUCCUCUUUGCUGUGCCGAAGUCACUUUAGCUUUUUUUCGGCUUACUGGUGAAGAUGAGGCCUAGCAACAAUGAAACUGAUUUGAAGCCAGUACAUGAGAACAACUUCUGUACUUAUCAAUGUGUCUUUGUGCCUGUCUAUGUACUGUAUUUCCCCCUUUUUCUUUUUUUUUUCAACACAGUUCUUAAGUGUUUUUAUGAAAUGUGAAGGAAGUCUCACCAGCAGUGCGCUGACUGAAUUUUGCUGUUGAUGUACUUUUCCAUACACAUUGACCAACUGUACAUAAUGUUUUUUGCAAUUCCUGAGAUUUUCAACUUUUAUCAUGUGUUUUCAGAGCAGUUUUAAAAUAAAUCAGAUAUUUUUUUUUA